AUGGCGACCGAACCUGUUGUAAAAGAGCAUCGGAGCAAGUUCAAUGUUUUUAUCAUCCUCCUCGCUACACUAGGUAGCAUUUCUUACGGUUAUUCGUCAUGCAUUAUCGCGACAACGCUCGGCCAACCAAGCUUCAUAACAUAUAUGAAGCUCGACGUCUAUACGAACGCGGUACAGUUGAUAGGCGCCAUCAAUGGUUUGUAUCAGGCAGGAGGACUACUGGGAACGGUUUACGUCGGCUUCACUGGUGAUCGAUUGGGCCGCAGAUGGGCCAUUUUCUCGGCUUCGGCCAUCACUGUUGUUGGUGGUGCCCUCCAAGCUGGGUCUGUCCAUGUCGGCAUGUUCAUGGCCGCUCGAUUCAUCACAGGUUUGGGUAUUGGAGCACUUGUCACUCUCAUCCCCCUGUGGCAGAGCGAGGUUGCUCCACCUAGAACCCGUGGCUUUCUUGUCGGGCUUCACGGUGUCUUCAUCCUGGUAGGAUAUAGUUCUGCCAGCUGGGUUGGGGUCGCUUUCUACUUCGUAAACGCCGAUGGAGCUCAGUUCCGACCUCCUCUCGCCUUGCAGAUAUUGCCACCUUUGCUCCUCGCAGGCGCCAUUUUGUAUAUGCCAGAGUCACCUCGUUGGUUGAUGGAGAGAGAUCGAGGCGAAGAAUGCCUCGCCAUCCUUUGCAAGAUCCACGCCGAUGCCUCUGACCCUAGUGGGGAGUUCGCCCAGCUAGAGUACAACCAGAUCAGGCAGCAAAUCACUUACGAGAAAGGUCUGCCAUCCUCGUGGCGAUCUAUUUUCAAGAUUCCAUCCUACCGCAAGCGUUUAAUUGUCGGCUUCGGCUGCAUGUUCUUCGCGCAGUGCACAGGCACGCAGGUAAUCAACAACUACGGCCCUCUGUUGUACAGGAAUCUGGGUUUCAGCACCGCGAAUGCUUUAAUAAUUCAAGCUGGUUGGAUUACCUGGGGCAUUAUUGGCAACUUCAUUAAUGCAUUACUAUUGGACAAGGUUGGACGAAAGUGGCUCAUGACUGGUGGCAUGAUCGGAUGCGCGAUUUCACUUCUGCUGGAGAUCAUCAUGCUUGCGCUUUAUCAACAUACGGGCGACCGUGCAGGCAACAGUGCCGCGGUCUUCUUUUUGUUCCUUCAUAUUGGCUUCUACGCUUCUGCUCUCGAUGCCUCUACAUAUGUAUACGCUUCAGAGAUUUGGCCGACGCACCUCAGAGCUCGUGGCUGUGCCAUCUCUGUUUCCGGUCUCUUUGUGUCUUCACUGAUCCUGCUGUGCGCAGCAUCAGACGCAUUCGCAGCCAUUGGUUGGAGGUACUACCUGGUUUUCUUAUGCAUGACAAUUAUUGGUGCUAUAUUCUUUGCACUUGUAUUUCCCGAGACGAGACACAAACCACUCGAGGAAAUUGCUGCUGCCUUUGGUGAUGAGGUCGUUGACUAUUCGCUCGAGGUGUCUAUGGGCAAAGCCAGUGAGCUUGGUGAGGCACACCCCCAGACCAUUCGAGACUACAAGAGUGAAGACAGGACAGCCUGA